CGGUGUCUUUCAGUUCUGCUUUCAGUCUACAUUCACCGCUCUUAAGGGUAUCUUCGGGUGGAAAUUCAACGCGAAGCAAAUAUUUUUCAAUUUUCAAUAUGAAGUCUAUAGUUGCAUUGCUUUUCGGAGUACUCGCACUUGCGAGCUCGAUAGAACUUCCCAGUACAUUUCAAACGUGCCACAAGUCCGAUCCACAGUACAGCGCAUGCCUGGACCGCGCUGUAUCCAAUGCAGUAACUUCCUUGGGAUCAGGUCUGAAGAGCUUCAAGAUUCUACCGAUCGAACCGCUGGCAGUGAACAGCGUAAAAAUUGGCGAAAGUAAAGGUCCUGUCUCACUGAAACAGGAAUAUAAAAAUAUCAAAUUGCAUGGUUUAACAAGGAACCUACGAGUAUAUAAUUACAAUAUUGAUUGGAAUACGAUGAUCUUAACUUCCGAUUCAUAUAAUCCACAAGUCGAUUUUGUUGCUGAUUAUAAAGUGAAUGGACAAGUUUUGGUAUUGCCAAUUAGAGGAUCUGGACAUUCUAACAUUACUAUGCUGGAUCUCAAUGCCAAGAACACUAUCUAUUGUGAGAAGUAUGAGAAGGAUGGCGAAACCUACGUGAGAGUUAAGAAAUAUGAUAUUAAAUUUAAUCCCAGAAAGGUGAUCUUACAAUUCGACAAUCUUUUCGAAGGUGACACGGUUCUAGGAGAACAGAUGAACAAAUUUAUUAAUGAGAACUCAGACUUACUUUUCAAAGAACUUCAAGCUCCCUACGAAGAAACCUUUGGACUGGUCUUUACAAAAAUCAGUAACGACAUAUUCAGUAGAAUCCCCAUGGAAAAGAUAUUCCCUGCCUGAGAUGAAUUGUUAUGCGGCUUCUGCGAAGCUUUGUAUUAUUUUUUGCAAAAAUUCGUAAAGUGAAAUAAACUGCGUUUUUCUUGUUUUUAUACAAUUAA